AAUUGCUCCAUUGAUAGUCCCUUUCAGUACCAUAUUAUUAUAUUUUUCACGCCACAGUCAAGUAAGUAAUCCUCGGCGGACAUGACUAACUAUUCCAGACGGCCGUCUCCAGCGAUAUCUAGUCAACGGCGGGCCGAUAAGACGCCCUGAUAAAGCUGUGCUGUUGUCGAGAUAAGCCUGAUAGCAAGAUGCGGGGAGGAACAAUACAUCUAGACCACUCUUCUCCGUCUGUAGGAGAAUCUUUUUCCAGAUGGCGGUUUUCCCCUAGCAGAUCUCCUUCACCAUGGAUACUAUAUACGACUUGUUGGUCGUCAAUGGCAUCGUUGCUACUGCUGCUGAUGUCGGGAGCUAUGAUAUCGCCGUGAAAGACGGCAAGAUUGCCUUGCUAGCUCCAACAGGGUCCCUGGCUGGACUGACCGCUAAAAAGACAAUCGAUGCGCAGGGUGGUUAUGUGAUGCCCGGCGGUGUCGACGCUCAUGUCCACCUGGAGGAACCUGCUCUCUUUGGCGGAAAAGGAACAUCAGCCGAUACUUUUGAGUCAGGCUCCAAAUCAGCCAUCGCAGGCGGAACAACCACCAUCGUCGCAUUUGCGCCUCAAGAAAAGCAUGAACCAUCAUUGCUGAAUGUCCUCAAGCAAACACACGCACGGGCAUCAAAAGCAUGCUACGCAGACUACAGUUUCCACCUCCUUAUCUCAACACAUGGCCAACAGGGCUUAUCGGAAUUCCCCGCCUUGCGCGAGGAAGGCAUCUCAUCCCUGAAGAUCUACAUGACCUAUGAAGCAUUGCAGUUGCGGGACAGUGAGAUCCUCGACAUCCUCCUGGCUGCGCGCACCCACGGUAUCACCACCAUGGUCCAUGCAGAGAACGGUGAUGUUCUCACCUGGAUGACGAACCAGUUAGAAGCGAACCAACUCUUCGCUCCCAAGUACCACGCCACGUCCCAUCCGCAAUUGAUCGAGUCCGAAGCCACCAAUCGAGCCAUCGUACUCAGUGAAAUCAUCGACGCUCCCAUCCUGAUCGUGCACGUCUCUGCACCACCAGCUGCCAAAACCAUCCGAGAAGCCCAAACGCGAGGAUUACCAGUCUACGCAGAGACAUGUCCACAAUAUCUAUUUCUCACACGCGAAGACCUCAACCACCCAGGCUUCGAGGGUGCCAAAUGCGUCUGCUCUCCUCCCCCAAGACAGAAAACCGACCACGACGCUAUCUGGAACGGUUUACGAAACGGUACUUUCACAAUCCUCUCCUCCGACCACUGUUCCUUCCGCUACGACGACGAAGAGACAGGCAAACGCUCAGCCAUCUCAGCAGAAUACCCCGUCGGUCGAUUCAAAUACAUCCCCAACGGCAUCCCAGGCAUCGAGACCCGUAUGCCAUUAGUGUGGAAUGCAGGAAAACUCUCACCCCAGAAUUUCGUCCAAGUUACAUCAACCAACCCGGCUCGGCUAUACGGUCUAUACCCGCAAAAGGGGGCCCUAUUACCCGGCGUAUCAGAUGCUGAUAUGGUCAUCUGGUACCCUUCCAUGACGCCCUUCGAGCUAAAGAACGAAAUGCUUCAUCAUAAUGUCGAUUAUACCCCGUACGAGGGAUAUACCCUGACGCAGUGGCCUCGGUAUACCAUUCUUCGAGGAAAGGUCGUUUAUGAUCGAGAUAAUGGUGGAGUGGUUGGAGAAAAGACGUAUGGGAACUUUGUGAAGCGAGGGCCGAGUUCCCUUCCGGGUCCGAGAUCGAACGAUCCUUGGAAUGUAGAGGCUUUUUAGAAUUGUCGUUAGAUAGUUAUAGAUUAAGAUCUUGGCUAUGGGUUUAUAUUCACUGGAGUGUGACUAUAGUAUAGACAAAGGCUUUCAUGUCGGUUUCUUAAUAAAUACUAGUAGUGGCAUGUGAGACUGAAGGGGAUAUAGUCAUUCUGACUGGUCUGAUUGACCCACUACAAUGCAUCAUGAUCCAACAGCGUAGACCGAU